AUGUCGAAACAAGCAUAUAAUCAUGGUGUGGUUAUAAUCGAAUGUUCUUCAUGCAAAAAUAAUCAUUUAAUAGCAGACCAUUUAGGAUGGUUUCGUGAUAAAAGAAUUACUAUUGAAGAUUUGAUGCUUGAACAAGGAGAAAA